CGUGUGAGCAGCAAGACAGCCCAGUUGGCGAAUCUAGGAAGGUUUUGGUUCUGAUCCCGCCAUGGUGACGUCACUCGCUGUAGAGUAGUGUGUUGAAGCAGAGGAGUAAUGUGUUGUGCGGGUUCGAAGGGAUUUAUUAUGUUGUGUGCGUACGUAAUUUUGUCCAUGGAAGCUACGUAAAGCGUCCCUCAUGAAGAGUUCGGAGCAAGAUGGUUAGAGAGACUCGUCACCUUUGGGUUGGGAAUUUGCCGGAGAAUAUCCGCGAGGAUCGGAUUCGAGAACAUUUCAAACGCUAUGGGCGGGUUCAAAGUGUCAAGUUGCUGCCGCGGCUCAAGGAGGACGACGGGUCCACUGGUCUCUGCGCCACUGUGGCCUUCAUGGAUAUCAAGUCGGCAUCCAAGGCUCACAACAUGGAGCAUAAACUGGACGAGCGAUGUCUAAGCACGGAGUAUUACGAGCCUGCAGCCAUCCCAGGGGGUUCCACCGCCCCUCUGUAUGUGGCCCCUCGUUUCCCCCAUGGGCCUUCUGAAGAUCAUGCGUACCUUCGGCGCCCGGCGUCGGCUUAUCACGUAACAGAUCCUCUGAGAGGCCGCACGAGGGACCGUGUGUACAGGAACGGACCCUACACGCCGCUCAUAGAGAGAACCCAGUCGGCACAUCACCGGCCCCUGGGGAACGCGUGGAGCUACGACGGCACAACGAGCGGCCGUUAUACCGCCACUACCCCCACCCCUGACCCCUAUUCGGAGGAGCGGCGUGAAACGCAACCCGCGAUACACAAGAAGCGCCCGAAAUCCAGUAGGUCGGGGAGCGAGUCAGGGUCCAACUCAGGGUCAAGCCGCUCUCGGUCCAGAUCUCGUAGCCAUUCGCAUUCCAGCUCCAGUUCUAGCCAGUCAGGUUCCAGCAGUUGCAGCUCAGGUACAUCGUCACAAGGAACUGACAAGUCCUGCUCCCCGCACAGCAGUAGCCACCAUGGGGCAGCUAGGAGUGGACGCGUGUGUGGGGUGGCUCUGCAGUCAGCGGUGAGUGCGCCACAUGCCAAUAACGUGAGUCCAGCCGUGCAGAGUGAAGAUCGAAGACCUUUGGCAAUCUGUGUCCGAAACCUGCCCGUUCGCUCCAGCGACACGAGUCUGAAGGAUGGGUUGUUCCACGAAUACAAAAAGCAUGGGAAGGUAACAUGUGUUAAGGUGGUGGGGCAGGCAGGCGAUCGUUAUGCGUUGGUUUGCUUCAAGAAGGCAGAUGAUGUCGAGAAGGCAUUGGAAGAGUCCCACAACAAGCUCUUCUUCGGUUGCAAGAUUGAGGUGGCACCCUGCCAAGGCUAUGACGUGGAGGACAAUGAGUUCAGGUAGCAAAGUACCUGAUAUAGUUUACAUGUUUGUGAUAUUCUUUUGCACACUAAAUACACACUGAUAUCACCUUUCACUUUCGCAGGUCUUUCGAAAGUUGAAAAAUAUAUUAUCACCGUCAUCAUCCAUCCUCCCUGGUAUUAAGUCUGUUAGUGUAUUAAGUGUGUUGCAAAAACCAUAUUCUCCUCAUUUUAAGGUCGUCCAGAGCGUGUUAUUUCUGUAGACUGGUUGCUCUGUGUGUGUACACGUACGUAUGGUGAAACUUCGAUGCAUCGUUUUUGACGGGGGAGAGAAAUGAAAAUGAUAAAU